UUUUCUCACGGCAGCUCCAAAGACCGAGCUCACUUCCCCCCUUUCUCUGUCUGUCUCCGGUUUCUUUAAUCUCGUGUUCUCUCCUCUUCUCUCCCUUCCUUUGGACUGGAUCUCGUCUUGGACCCGAAGAGAAGAGAAGCCGGCAGGCGGAGGCGGCCAAGAACAAAUGAUGGGGUUUUUGUUGUCUUUAUAUUAAUCUUGUCUUGGGAGACGUUUGCUGGUAGUUGAUGGAAUCCGGGCUACCACGUUCUGUGGGUUUCUUCGUUCUGGAAGGAAGAAGAGGGGUGUAGAAAGGAGUGGGUAAAAGGAGGGCUCGAGAAGAGGUUUCUCUAUUGAUCCACCAAGAUGACAGUAGAUAAUCCGCCUGUGACAGCCCAAGGCGCUAGGGUGAGCCAAUCUUCCUUGAGCUCCAGCAAUGGCAAUGCCACCCCUUUCCACUCCAGUAAUGGCAGUGCCAUCUCCUUGCAUGGCUAUGCUGCCAGUGAGAAUGGUGAUGGAUAUGACAGUGAUGGUUCCUACUUGGCUCCCCCUACCCCAACAACCUUGUCAAUGUCUAUUCCACCUGAGCUUGCUGGUGCUAUCCCUUUGAUCAACAGAUUCCAGGUUGAGGGAUUUUUGAAAUCCAUGCAAAAACAAAUGCAAUCUGCUGGGAAACGAGGGUUUUUCUCAAAAAAAUCUGUAGGCCUUCAAGUUCGUGAAAGGUUUACAUUUGAGGAUAUGCUGUGUUUCCAGAAGGAUCCUAUCCCAACUUCUUUGCUUAAAAUCAGCAGUGAUCUGGUAAACCGUUCCGUCAAAAUGUUUCAGAUUAUUCUAAAGUACAUGGGAAUUGAGUCAUCAGACAAAAUAACUAUAUUGAGCCUGGAAGAGCGGAUUGAGCUCGUUGCAAAGCUUUACAAACACACUCUGAAGCGUUCUGAGCUUCGAGAUGAGCUUUUUGCACAGAUAUCAAAGCAAACACGUAAUAACCCUGACAGGAGCUGCUUGUUAAAGGCAUGGGAGCUUAUGUAUUUAUGUGCAUCUUCCAUGCCUCCAAGCAAGCAUAUAGGGGCAUAUCUAUCAGAGUAUGUGCACCAUGUAUCUCAUGGGCUGAACACUGACCCCGAAGUCCAAGUCCUCACACUGAACACGUUGAAUGCUUUAAAACGCUCUGUCAAGGCAGGACCUAGAGUUACAAUUCCUGCACGUGAGGAGAUUGAAGCUCUACUGACUGGGAAAAGGCUCACAACAAUAGUAUUUUUCCUUGACGAAACUUUCGAAGAAAUCACAUAUGACAUGGCAACAACUGUUGCUGAUUCUGUAGAGGAGCUUGCUGGGAUCAUCAAACUCUCAGUGUACUCCAGUUUCAGCUUAUUUGAGUGCCGGAAAGUUGUUAAUGGUUCAAAGUCUCCUGAUGUUGGCAAUGAGGAAUAUAUAGGAUUAGAUGAUAACCAAUAUAUUGGUGAUUUGCUGGCGGAAUUUAAGGCAGCUAAAGACCGCAGUAAAGGGGAGAUCCUCCAUUACAAGCUAAUAUUUAAGAAACGGCUAUUCCGGGAAUCAGAUGAAGCUGUAGCAGAUCCAAUGUUUGUCCAGCUGUCGUAUGUGCAGUUACAACAUGAUUAUAUUUUGGGAAAUUACCCUGUUGGGAGGGAUGAUGCUGCGCAACUGUCUGCUUUGCAAAUUUUGGUCGAGAUAGGAUUUGUUGACCAUCCUGAUACAUGUGGUGAAUGGAUAUCGCUUCUUGAAAGGUUUUUACCUAGACAAAUAGCAAUGACACGAGCAAAGAGGGACUGGGAGGUUGACAUUAUCUCUCGUUAUCAGUUAAUGGAACACAUGUCAAAGGAUGAUGCAAGACAACAAUUCCUUCGAAUCUUGAGGACCCUACCUUAUGGGAACUCAGUUUUCUUUAGUGUGCGGAAGAUAGAUGAUCCAAUUGGUCUUUUACCUGGCCGGAUCAUUUUAGGCAUCAACAAGCGUGGGGUUCAUUUUUUCCGCCCAGUUCCUAAAGAAUACUUACACUCUGCAGAGCUUAGAGAUAUCAUGCAAUUUGGUAGCAGCAACACUGCUGUUUUUUUUAAGAUCAGAGUUGCUGGUGUUCUUCAAAUUUUCCAGUUUGAAACUAAGCAGGGUGAGGAAAUAUGUGUUGCUCUUCAAACACAUAUAAAUGAUGUAAUGCUACGUAGAUACUCGAAAGCACGUUCUGCUUCAGGUGGAGCUACUCAUGGUGAUUUCUCUCAAACAGUCAAGCCACCAAGCAUGGAUGUAUAUGAAAAACGUGUGCAAGAGUUGUCCAGAGCUGUUGAAGAAUCUCAGAAAAAUGCAGAUCGAGUGUUUGAAGAAUUGCAUGCAAAACAGAAGCAAGAAUUGGAGAUGCAGGAGGAAUUGCAAGGGCUGGAAAAUACUUUGCAGUCUGAGAGACAAAAACUACAAGAAGUCAUAAAUGACCGUGAUAAACUUAAAGCACUAUGUAGCGAAAAGGAUUCUGCUUUGCAGGCCGUGUUAGUGGACAAAAGUAGCUUGGAGGCCAUGCUGACAAAGCUGAGCACUGGAGGGCAACUUUUAGUAGAGAAUAAUACCAAGAGGGAGUGUUUAUCUGGAUCUGAUUAUACUGGAGGAGAUGGUUUGGUCAUGAAGGGUACAAGGAAUAACUGUAGUGAUACAGAGAAGAGUGUAACUGAAAAGAGCUUCGAAGAUGAACGUAGAAAACUCAAAUUGCAUAUUAAAGAAUUAGAGCAAAAGUUUGAAAGUAUGUCACAAGCUUUAAAUGCUGCUGAAUCUACUCUUGCAAUGAGAAAUGCUGAACGGGAUGCAUUACAAAACAAUCUAAAAGAGUUGGAAGAAUUGCGGGAAUUUAAAGAGGAUAUUGAUAGGAAGAAUGAACAAACAGCUGAAAUUUUGAAAAAACAAGGUGCACAAUUGGUUGAACUAGAAGCACUUUAUAAGGAGGAGCAAAUUUUACGAAAGCGUUAUUAUAAUAUGAUUGAAGAUAUGAAGGGCAAGAUAAGAGUCUACUGUCGUUUGCGCCCUCUAAAUGAGAAGGAGAUUGCAUUAAAGGAGAAGAAUGUUAUCAUCAGUGUUGAUGAAUUUACAGUUGCACAUCCUUGGAAAGAUGAUAAAUCGAAGCAACAUAUUUAUGACCAUGUCUUUGAUCAAACUGUUUCUCAGGAAGAAGUUUUUGAAGAUACCAAGUAUCUGGUGCAAUCAGCUGUUGAUGGAUAUAAUGUGUGUAUAUUUGCAUAUGGUCAAACUGGUUCUGGGAAGACUUUUACAAUUUAUGGUUCAGAAAGUCAACCUGGACUUACCGCAAGAGCAACGGCCGAACUUUUUAAAGUGAUGAAACGUGAUAGCAGCAAGUAUUCAUUUUCUUUAAAGGUGUAUAUGGUAGAACUGUAUCAAGAUAAUUUGGUAGACCUCUUAUUGCCAAAAUAUGCAAAGCGUUCAAAGUUAGAUAUUAAAAAGGACUCAAAGGGCAUGGUGACUAUAGAGAAUGUGACAAUUGUCCAAAUUUCAAGCUUUGAAGAACUAAGGACUAUUAUUUCCAGAGGAUCUGAGCAAAGGCAUACUGCAGAAACUCAGAUGAAUGAUCAAAGUUCGAGAUCACAUCUGAUACUUUCAAUUAUUAUCGAGAGCACCAAUCUACAAACUCAAUCUCUUGCCAGAGGAAAGCUUAGUUUCGUAGAUCUUGCUGGUUCUGAGAGGGUAAAGAAGUCAGGUUCUGCAGGAAAGCAACUGAAAGAAGCCCAAAGCAUCAAUAAAUCCCUGUCAGCUCUUGCAGAUGUCAUUGGUGCUUUGUCUUCUGAUGGACAACAUAUACCAUACAGGAAUCAUAAAUUGACAAUGCUCAUGAGUGACUCUAUUGGGGGCAAUGCUAAAACUCUUAUGUUUGUGAAUGUAUCUCCAGCAGAGUCAAACUUGGAUGAAACUUACAAUUCUCUAAUGUAUGCAUCAAGGGUGAGGUGUAUUGUCAAUGAUCCGAGCAAGAAUGUUUCCUCAAAAGAAGUUGUACGUUUAAAGAAGUUGUUGGCCUAUUGGAAGGAACAAGCGGGGAAACGAGGCGAUGACGAAGAAGUAGAAGAUAUUCAGGAUGUAAGGCAUUUACCAGAGAGAACAGAUGGCCGGCUUUCCACUUGAGAGCUUGCCAAAGGUGGCAGGUCCUUUCUUUGGAGCAAAGACAGGUCCUUUCUUUUGGGCCACUAACUUUUUGUAUUACCGAGUGCCUACCUCUACUAUGCUAAGAGGUAGCCAUCAAUGGUCAAGCAUUUACUAACAGGCUUCUAAGGUUAUAUUCCAGCCAACAGCAUGUGGUGAAUGUUGUUUGAGAAAGCCCAUACUUGUUGUACAGUAAGAAAUCAUAUAUGCAGCAACACUUAUGUAUGCAUAAUUACACUGUCCGUUCAUUAGAAAAGUUUAUAGAGUUGUUACAGGUGCACUCAAGACCGGUUACUCAUCUUUAGAGCAAAUGAAGGUAUGUUUAUCACCUCUCUCCUCCCUCCCUCCCUCCCCAACUUGUUGUUGCAAUGUCAAACAAAAUCACUUGCUGUAACCGAGGACUGUACAUGCAUUGUAUUUGGAUUAGACCUGUACAAAUUCAGACCUGGACUUUAUAAGCAAUUUGGGUU